AUGUUUGCGACCAAGGCAGUGCGAUUCGUUCCCUCGGCCAUGCGCGCCAGCACAGCCACCAAGUUUUUGCGCACAAAGCGCACGACUAAUAUUGCUGGUCUUGAGAUUCAUCCCGAUCCGCUGCCGGAGCUUGUGUCGACGUAUACCCAUACGCUGAAUGUGCUCAAGGGUCUGCCCGAGUCUGCUGUCUUUCGCCAAUCGUCGGAGGCUGUGACGCAACAGCGCCUUGAUAUUGUGAAGGAGGCCAUGACGCCCACGUCGCGCGAGACUGUGUACGGCUCCGAGGCCGCCAUUGACCGUGUCGUCGCCGCUAUUGACGCGGGUCUUAUUGAGGAAAUCGUCGACCAGGCGAAUGACGAGUUCCACCUUGCUACCAAGAUGAUUGACUGGAAGCCACACGAACCACUUCAGGUGCCCGCUCCCCCUGGUCAAUGGAAUACGUUCAAUAUGCAGGCUGCCUCGGGCGAGGGUCACUAG